GAGCAAAGACCGACUGCAUCUGAUUUCUUUGACCCGAUGGGCUUUGAGAAACGCUGUAGGGAGUCGGUGUCGUCGAAAGAAGGAAUGAACUGGAACGAGCGUCCUAGAGGCGUGACUUGUUUUGUUGAAAGGGAGAGGAGACGAGAAGGAGAAACGACAGAUUCGGGGGGGGCGGCCAAGGCAAGCAGGACGGCCUGGGGGGGUGGCUCCGAGGUGGCA